CGCGUGGAGCAGCGCGUUCCCCAGAGAGUACAGCGGGUCUCAACAGCCUGCUGAUCAACUUAAAGUGUGCCGGGAAGAGAAGCAGCGUAUGGUGAUGUUACCUGUGCCAGUAAGUUGACUUUUUGAAAGCAGAAAAGCGUCUUCAGGAAGUCCUUGAAAACAUUUUCAAACUUAUUAGUAGUUGAGGGAGUCGCGCGCGGCAGCUGCAACUUCAGGACCACCGGCUGUCCGGAGUCUGAGAGGAGACCCGACAGCCCAUAAAUGACCUGUUCACAGACGCUGGAGGGGAAUGCACUCGACCAGGGACACGAACCAUGGUCUGGCGAGUGUGGUCAAAACUCUGCUUUGGUCAAAAAUGGAUCCUCCUCAUUUCCCCUCUCUUCCUACUCUUCCUCAUGGUAUUCGUGAUGACAGUCACUCUUCCCCUACCUCUUCCGCCUGCUGACAUUGACCGGCGGUCAUCCCGAGCGCUGAGCUCUGCAGUAGGGUUCAGAUCCAAGCCCAGGAUUGUGGAGGCCCCUCCAGUCGCUGCCUUCCAGUAUCCAUUCAGUCACAUCCACAGCGGUGCCUGGAGAACCAGCACCGCAAAAGAGAGGUUUAAACAUUUAGUGCCAUCUAAACCUUUUGGGGACGCUGCUGGCAGUGACAAAAACAGCAUCAAGGAAAGAAAUCACACUGGUAAACACAGAAAUAAACUGAAAAGCAAAGGCAUCCCCUCCAAAAGAAAAGACGCCAUCCAGCCAACCAGAAAUCACCAUCCCAAUUCCCCAGAGUUUACAGUCAACAGACCAGAGUCAAAGCAUAGAAUUAAGCCGAGCAACCACAGUGCUGUGGUAAAGCACACUGCACAGACUUACAUUUAUCUAGAAAGAAGUAAAUCCACACCAGCACAUAUUCCUGCUCUAGCACAUACAAUAAUAAGGGACAGAAGAAUUGCAGGCCAACAGGCAGGAGGAUGGGAUGAUAGACAAACAAACGUGAAUGCAUACAUGGAUAAACAUGGCAGCCAUACAAGUACAAAGCCAGCAGAACACCACCAGGAAAAACACAGAGAAGAAAUAAAACACUCUGGGAAAUCUGAUCAACUAGAUAAGGAGCAGCAGGCUGUGAAAAAGACCCCCAAGGAGCUCAGACAACACCAUAAUCUCUUCGAGGAUCCCUCUAAAGCCAUGAAGAAUCCUGAAGAAAAGGCUGAGUCCAAGCCUAAGGAAUCCAUAAAGAAAGAUGACAGUGGCUGGUGCCGGAGCUUUAAAGAGCAGGACUUUGCAGACAGUGACCACAGGAGGAUCCGAGUUAGUACAAAUCUGCAGCCUCUCACCUGGUUCAGCAAAGAUGACAUCCAGAAGAUGGAGCUCCUUGCUGGGGGUCAGGUGGUCAGCAAGGCCAGGGUGCCAGCGCAUGGACAGGUGCUACAAGUGGUGCUGGAUCCUCCAGCACACCAGCAGCAGCCAUCACUGAUGAGAGAUUUACAUCAGCACGGUGCUGGACAAAGACUUCAAACUACCCACAGCGAACGCUGCCAGCAUGGACACUGCUCCCUCAUCAAACGCACAGAUGACUGGUUUGAGGUGUUCGCCUUCCACCUGGACAGGGUGCUUGGACUCAACAGAAGCCUCCCUGCAGUUCUGCGGAAUUUCCACAGUGAAGUUCUGCCUUACCGGUACAUCAGUGGCACCCCUAGACCUGCAGUGUGGUGGGACCCAGAUAUUCAGCACCUCGCUGAAAAGGACAAUGACCAGAACUCAGUACAGCUCACCUGGGUUCAGUACCAGAAGCUGCUGCAGGCCCGCUGUGGGAGCCACACAGACCAGAGGUCCGCCCAUUGUGUAGGAGUCCAGCACUCAGAAUGGGGGAGACUGGCUCUCUUUGACUUCUUAUUACAGAUAAACGACCGUCUUGACAGGUGCUGCUGUGGUUUCACACCUGAUCUGACAGAACUCUGUGUGGAGAAUCUGCUGCAUGCGAAGUGUGGCAACACCAAGGACCUGAAGCUGGUUCACAUCUUGGUGAGGAAGGCGGAUCCCUCCAGACUGGUGUUCAUAGACAAUGCUGGCAGACCUCAGCAGUCCACCGACAACCUCAACUUCAGGCUGGUUGAGGGCAUUGAUGAGUUUCCAGAAAAAGCAGUGUCAGUGCUCCACUCAGGCUGUCUGGAAAAUCUUCUUCUACGCUCCCUUUACACUGACAGGGAAUUCUGGGACAGCCACGGCGGGGCCGGCGGUCUCAGGCCUCUCAUCCAAGUGGUGCAGCAACGAGGAAAUAUUCUCCUGCAGCACAUCAGGGACAAGAAGCUCCGACUCAAGAGGGACUUGUGACUGAGCUGGAAAGGCCAAACUGGAGUAGAAAAUAAACUCACUGAGCAGGUUGAACUGCUGAAGAUGACAUUUCCUCAGUGUGAUCAAAGAGAGCUCAGUCUGGAGCAGAAGAGAAAGAACAGCAGCCUUCAGAGAUGAAAUGAGCCUGGAAAUCGAAAAGCACGUCCAGAUGGAAUCGAAAAAGUUUUCCGAUAAUGCAUUGAAAACGACUGUCAAGGUCAUUUAUGAGGUUAUUUUUGUAAUAUAUUUUUCUCACUGAAAGGAAAUAACACGAUCAGAAAUGUGCAGAAGCACAAUGUAAGGAAAAUUCUACUAGUGACUUUUGCCCAGGGAUCAUGUAGUUAUUUAAAAUCUAUAAAGAAAUCGUAAUCAUUUCAUUGAACUGCAUGACUCUUGGGGGGAUCCGUCCAUAAUCAAGGAUAGGCAGUGUUUUGUGAACUGUGGUGGUGUUAAAAACCUUCAUCAGUCAGCAUCUAAAGUGACCAGUGUUUUAUUUGAAGGUACUGUGUGUUUUAAUGCUGCUGGGGCUACAGCUCAACAGCUAAUUGCUGUCUCACUUAUCACCUGAAAUUAAGAUGGCGUUCCAGUGGUGAAUGGACCUAACAGAUCAGAUUUAUCCCAAUAUAAACCCAACUAUGUAAAGCUCAAAUAUAGGACAACUUAGGAAAAACCUGUCAGAUAAUUUUGUUGCACAAAUUUUGGGAGAAAUUAUUCCAUAUUGCAACAAUAGUCUGAGUUUUCCUAAUUUUUUCCUGACCAAUUCCACACAACAACUAACUUUGGAUUGCUUAUAUAGCUCCAGUUAGGUCACUGAAACCUUCCCAUCUUACCAUGAAAGCUUUGUCUGUUGUCAGUGUAGCUGCUUUGGCCAGUUUUCAUUCGUUCUGCACCAGUUCUGCAAACAGAAUCAGACAGAAACCUGAAGGGAAUGCAUGUGUCAGUGUGUUUACCCCGUUGGAAAAAAAACUAUACACAGAAUAGUUUGAUCAUUUGCACCAUAUGAAAUACCCCUGUAGCUCUGUCUGUUGUUCACCAUGUCUGGCACUCCAAACAGCAUCAUGUUUUCCAUUUAAGCCUUCCAUCUGCACUCACCAGCAUCUCACCAAAUGUCCUCUCACUGAGGCAAAUUAUACUCCCAUUUCCUCAGCAACAGGGAGUGCAAAUUCAGAUUUUUCUCCCCAAGCAAUUUAGUGGAAAGAUAUUUUUCCUUUCUAUUUUAAUAUUUUACAGGGAGCUAGCAGCAGCAGAUUGAGUGACUGAUUUGGAUGUCUGUUUUUAUGAGAUAAGCCUUUAAUCGAGGGAUUAAAAAUGGUGGUCAGGAAAUAGCUUCUGGACUGGAUCCUGGAAGUCUUCCAUAUACAUAUACA